UCAAUGAAUCAAGUUAUGAGAAAAUGUGACUCCUUGUCAGACAUCACGAGUGAAAGCUGUGAAAGUGGCUGUUAUUGCCCAGAGGGCCAAUAUGAAGACCAUAAUGGGGAUUGUGUGGCACCUAAAGACUGCACCUGUCUGUUCAGUGGUGUGGUAUAUAAAUCUGGGCAGACUGUUACAUCCAGCUGUCAGGAAUGCACCUGUAAGGGGGGACAUUGGGACUGUGUGGAAAAGGACUGUCCUGGGGAGUGUCAGGUGUUUGGGAAUGGGCAUUAUCAGACGUUUGACUCAAAGUGGUACCGCUUUGAUGGGAACUGUGAGUACACUCUAGUAGAGGAUGACUGUGGCAGUGGGCACCAGACCUUCUCCAUCAGAACAGAGAGUGUCCCCUGCUGUGAGGAGAAGCUGACAUGCUCCCGCCGCAUCAUUUUGGAACUGCAGGGUAAAAACACACUGAAGUUACAGGAUUUAGAAGUGGAACAGAUGGGCAAUGACACAGAGCCUCUAUACUCAGUUCAAACCAUCGGCCUGUACUUCGUGAUCUCUGUUCCCAGUCUGGAGAUCACCCUUAUAUGGGACAAGCACACCAGACUUAUCAUCAACCUUGGAGGAAGGUGGAAGAACAAGGUUUGUGGCCUCUGUGGGAACUUCAACAACAAUGAGGAGGAUGAUUUGCAGAUACGGGGGUCAAUGGAGAAGGCAGAUGCCAUAACAUCUGGAAACAGCUGGAAGAUGCCCGUCCCACAAUGCUCGGAUGUGGUUGAAGUGCAGUUUUCCUGUGACCACUUCUCCUACUGCACUAAUUGGGCUGAGCGACGCUGCCUGAUUAUCUCCAGCGACAUCUUCAAGGCCUGUCACCAAAAGGUGGAUUACGUGCCGUACUAUGAAGCGUGUGUGAAGGAGGCCUGCUCCUGCAGUGUUGGAUCCCAUGGUUUCUGCACAGCCGUGGCAGCAUUUGCAGAAGCGUGCUGUGAGGAGGGCAUCAGCGUGAAGUGGCGGACUCCCGAACGCUGUCCGGUGUACUGUGAUUACUACAAUGAACAGAAUCCACAGAGCUCAGAUGCCACUUGGCACUACAAGCCAUGCGGGACACAGGACAUCAAGACCUGUAGUAAAAGCAAUGUGUCAAGAAAACUGGAAGGCUGUUAUCCAGAAUGUCCAGAAGAUUUUCCUUACUUUGAUGAAAACACAAAGAAAUGUUCCAAAUCCUGUACUACACCUGAACCCAUAACUACAACAGCAGCAUCUCCAACAACUACAGCCACAGUAUCACCAACAACUACAACUGAAUUAACAACAUCACCAACAACUACAACUGAAUCUACAACAGUAUCUCCAACAACUACAACUGAAUUAACAACAUCACCAACAACUACAACUGAAUCAACAACAUUAUCUCCCACAACUACAACUGAAUCAACAACAACAUCAACAACAACUACAACUGUAUCAACAACCACAGCCACAGUAUCGCCAACAACUACAACUGAAUCAACAACAUCACCAACAACUACAACUGAAUCAACAACAUUAUCUCCAACAACUACAACUGAAUUAACAACAUCACCAACAACUACAACUGAAUCAACAACAUCAUCUCCAACAACUACACCUGAAUCAACAACAACAUCAACAACAACUACAACUGUAUCAACAACCACAGCCACAGUAUCGCCAACAACUACAACUGAAUUAACAACAUCACCAACAACUACAACUGAAUCAACAACAUCAUCUCCAACAACUACACCUGAAUCAACAACAACAUCAACAACAACUACAACUGAAUCAACAACCACAGCCACAGUAUCGCCAACAACUACAACUGAAUUAACAACAUCACCAAUAACUACAACUGAAUCAACAACAUCAUCUCUAACAACUACACCUGAAUCAACAACAACAUCAACAACAACUACAACUGUAUCAACAACCACAGCCACAGUAUCGCCAACAACUACAACUGAAUUAACAACAUCACCAACAACUACAACUGAAUCUACAACAGUAUCUCCAACAACUACAACUGAAUUAACAACAUCACCAACAACUACAACUGAAUCAACAACAACAUCAACAACAACUACAACUGUAUCAACAACCACAGCCACAGUAUCACCAACAACUACAACUGAAUUAACAACAUCACCAACAACUACAACUGAAUCAACAACAUUAUCUCCAACAACUACAACUGAAUUAACAACAUCACCAACAACUACAACUGAAUCAACAACAUCAUCUCCAACAACUACACCUGAAUCAACAACAACAUCAACAACAACUACAACUGUAUCAACAACCACAGCCACAGUAUCACCAACAACUACAACUGAAUUAACAACAUCACCAACAACUACAACUGAAUCAACAACAUUAUCUCCAACAACUACAACUGAAUUAACAACAUCACCAACAACUACAACUGAAUCAACAACAACAUCAACAACAACUACAACUUUAUCAACAACCACAGCCACAGUAUCGCCAACAACUACAACUGAAUCAACAACAACAUCUCCAACAACUACACCUGAAUCAACAACAACAUCAACAACAACUACAACUGUAUCAACAACCACAGCCACAGUAUCGCCAACAACUACAACUGAAUUAACAACAUCACCAACAACUACAACUGAAUCAACAACAUUAUCUCCCACAACUACAACUGAAUCAACAACAACAUCACCAACAACUACAACUGAAUCAACAACAUUAUCUCCAACAACUACAACUGAAUUAACAACAUCACCAACAACUACAACUGAAUCAACAACAUCAUCUCCAACAACUACACCUGAAUCAACAACAACAUCAACAACAACUACAACUGUAUCAACAACCACAGCCACAGUAUCACCAACAACUACAACUGAAUUAACAACAUCACCAACAACUACAACUGAAUCAACAACAUUAUCUCCAACAACUACAACUGAAUUAACAACAUCACCAACAACUACAACUGAAUCAACAACAUCAUCUCCAACAACUACACCUGAAUCAACAACAACAUCAACAACAACUACAACUGUAUCAACAACCACAGCCACAGUAUCUCCAACAACUACAAUUGAAUUAACAACAUCACCAACAACUACAACUGAAUCAACAACAUUAUCUCCAACAACUACAACUGAAUUAACAACAUCACCAACAACUACAACUGAAUCAACAACAUUAUCUCCCACAACUACAACUGAAUCAACAACAACAUCAACAACAACUACAACUUUAUCAACAACCACAGCCACAGUAUCGCCAACAACUACAACUGAAUCAACAACAACAUCUCCAACAACUACACCUGAAUCAACAACAACAUCAACAACAACUACAACUGUAUCAACAACCACAGCCACAGUAUCGCCAACAACUACAACUGAAUUAACAACAUCACCAACAACUACAACUGAAUCAACAACAUUAUCUCCAACAACUACAACUGAAUCAACAACAACAUCAACAACAACUAUAACUGUAUCAACAACAACAGUCACAGGAUCUCCAACUACUACAACUGAAUCAACAACAGUAACACCUACAACAACAACUGAAUCAACCGCCACAGUAUCGCCAACAACUACAACUGAAUUAACAACAUCACCAACAACUACACCUGAAUCAACAACAACAUCAACAACAACUACAACUGUAUCAACAACCACAGCCACAGUAUCUCCAACAACUACAACUGAAUUAACAACAUCACCAACAACUACAACUGAAUCAACAACAUUAUCUCCAACAACUACAACUGAAUUAACAACAUCACCAACAACUACAACUGAAUCAACAACAUUAUCUCCCACAACUACAACUGAAUCAACAACAACAUCAACAACAACUACAACUGUAUCAACAACAACAGUCACAGGAUCUCCAACUACUACAACUGAAUCAACAACAGUAACACCUACAACAACAACUGAAUCAACCACCACAGCCACAGUAUCGCCAACAACUACAACUGAAUUAACAACAUCACCAACAACUACAACUGAAUCAACAACAUCAUCUCCAACAACUACACCUGAAUCAACAACAACAUCAACAACAACUACAACUGUAUCAACAACCACAGCCACAGUAUCUCCAACAACUACAACUGCACCAACAACCACAACUGCACCAACAACCACAGCCACAGAAUCUCCAACAACUACAACUGAAUCAACAACAGUAUCUCAAACAACUACGACUGUAUCAACAACAACAGUCACAGGAUCUCCAACUACUACAACUGAAUCAACAACAGUAACACCUACAACAACAACUGAAUCAACCACCACAGCCACAGUAUCGCCAACAACUACAACUGAAUUAACAACAUCACCAACAACUACAACUGAAUCAACAACAUCAUCUCCAACAACUACACCUGAAUCAACAACAACAUCAACAACAACUACAACUGUAUCAACAACCACAGCCACAGUAUCUCCAACAACUACAACUGCACCAACAACCACAACUGCACCAACAACCACAGCCACAGAAUCUCCAACAACUACAACUGAAUCAACAACAGUAUCUCAAACAACUACGACUGUAUCAACAACAACAGUCACAGGAUCUCCAACUACUACAACUGAAUCAACAACAGUAACACCUACAACAACAACUGAAUCAACCACCACAGCCACAGUAUCGCCAACAACUACAACUGAAUUAACAACAUCACCAACAACUACACCUGAAUCAACAACAACAUCAACAACAACUACAACUGUAUCAACAACCACAGCCACAGUAUCUCCAACAACUACAACUGCACCAACAACCACAACUGCACCAACAACCACAGCCACAGAAUCUCCAACAACUACAACUGAAUCAACAACAGUAUCUCAAACAACUACGACUGUAUCAACAACAACAGUCACAGGAUCUCCAACUACUACAACUGAAUCAACAACAGUAACACCUACAACAACAACUGAAUCAACCGCCACAGUAUCGCCAACAACUACAACUGAAUUAACAACAUCACCAACAACUACACCUGAAUCAACAACAACAUCAACAACAACUACAACUGUAUCAACAACCACAGCCACAGUAUCUCCAACAACUACAACUGAAUUAACAACAUCACCAACAACUACAACUGAAUCAACAACAUUAUCUCCAACAACUACAACUGAAUUAACAACAUCACCAACAACUACAACUGAAUCAACAACAUUAUCUCCCACAACUACAACUGAAUCAACAACAACAUCAACAACAACUACAACUGUAUCAACAACAACAGUCACAGGAUCUCCAACUACUACAACUGAAUCAACAAUAGUAACACCUACAACAACAACUGAAUCAACAACAUUAUCUCCAACAACUACAACUGAAUUAACAACAUCACCAACAACUACAACUGAAUCAACAACAUCAUCUCCAACAACUACACCUGAAUCAACAACAACAUCAACAACAACUACAACUGUAUCAACAACCACAGCCACAGUAUCUCCAACAACUACAACUGAAUUAACAACAUCACCAACAACUACAACUGAAUCAACAACAUUAUCUCCAACAACUACAACUGAAUUAACAACAUCACCAACAACUACAACUGAAUCAACAACAUCAUCUCCAACAACUACACCUGAAUUAACAACAUCACCAACAACUACAACUGAAUCAACAACAUCAUCUCCAACAACUACACCUGAAUCAACAACAACAUCAACAACAACUACAACUGAAUCAACAACUGUAUCUCCAACAACUACAACUGUAUCAACAACAGUAUCUCCAACAACUACAGUUGUAUCACCAACCACAGCCACAGAAUCUCCAACGACUGAAUCAACAACAUCAAAAGUAGAAACUGGAAGUCUUACAACUGGAACACAGAAUACAGCUCCUCAAGUCGUCAGUUCUACAACUCCCUCAGUAACAGGAAGUGAAUCAAUCACCACAUCCACAGUAACACCCACACCAACUACAAUUGGAUCAACAAUAACACCAACAAUUACUUCAACAACUGUGACUGCAUCAGCACCUACAACAAUAGCAACAGGAUCUUCAACAACAACAUCGGUUUGCCUCUGCAGGGAUGAGAAGGAACGCAUCUGGAGCUGUGGGAAAACAUGGACUGAUAAUUGCUUCAACUAUGCUUGUGAGAAUGAAACAAUUACCAAAAAUAAGGUCAGCUGUCCACCAGCAGUCAAGCCCAACUGCCCAAAUGGGAAGAUGAGGAGUGUCAUAAUUGACGAAUGCUGUGAGACCUGGGAGUGUGACUGUCAAUGUGUGCUCUAUGGAGACCCUCACUACAUUACCUUUGAUGGAACAACCUAUGACUUCCUAAAGGACUGUACCUAUAUCCUGGUGGAAGAGAAAAUGCAAAAAUAUAAUUUCUCUGUUAUUGUGGACAACUUCCGUUGCAUUCAGGAUGGCUCCUGUGUCAAGGCAGUCCUAGUGAAAUAUGGCGCAAAUAUUGUGACCCUCAGAAUUGAGAACCAAAUUAUUGUGUCUGAAUUCAACAAUAAGAAUGUCCCACAACCAUAUGAGGACCAGGGAAUCCAAAUUACAACAAAUGAUUGGCAGGUUUCUGUUCACAUCAAUGCAAUUCGUUCAUACGUUUCCCUCACGCCAUGGAGCUCACUGGUCGUCAAUCUGGCAAUGAAUUACUUUCAUGAAAAUACGCAAGGACAGUGUGGUGCAUGUGGUGGGGCCGCUUGUCUUCGCAAAAAUGGCACAGUGGAACCUAACAGCUGUUGUGCCGAGACUGCUCAUGACUGGUUAUACGAAGACGCCAAAAAACCUCAUUGUAAUAUUAAAGCGGUGCCCUGUACUCCUAACCCUACUCCUAAUCCUCCUUGUGUUCCACCUUCACCUAUAUGUGAACUUCUUAAUCAUACAGCCUUUGACGAAUGCAGUAAAAAGGUGGACCUGACUCUGCUGAAGAAGAACUGCAUAUCUGAUCUCUGUAUGAUAAAAAUGGACAAUGUGUCAUGCUCAACACUGGAAAAAGCAGCAGAAGAUUGCCAGAAUGCUGGAUUCUGUGUUGAUUGGAGACCUCUGACCAAUGGAACCUGUGAAAUCACAUGUCCAGAAGGGAUGAUUUACAAGCAAUGUCCAUCAAACUCCACCAGCAUCUGUGAAGGAGGGCGCAUUCGUAAAGAAAUCAAGGAAGUAACAACAGCUGGAUGCUUCUGUCCUGACAACAAACACCGUGCUGGACUAUAUGAACACACCUGCGUCUCAGAAUGCACUGACUGUAAGGGACCACAGGGAGAGCCUAAAGAGCCUGGUGAAAUAUGGGAGGUCAACUGCCACAUUUGCACAUGUGACAACAUAACCAGGACACAGAAAUGUGAACCCAAGGACAGAACUCCACCCAUCUGCCGGGCUAAUGAGACGCUGAUCAGAUUCAACACGUCGAGCUGCUGCGACAUGGCUACCUGCGUUGAGAAGACCUGCGAGUACAAGGGACAUAUUUAUAAGAUUGGAGAGAAAUGGAGUGACUCCUUGCAGCCCUGUGUAUCGUACAGCUGUGAGAUAAAUGGGAUUAAAAUAGAGGACAAUGUUUGUGCUGGAGAAGAAUGCCUUGAGGAGCCCAGAGUUUGUGAUAAGCACAAAGGCUGCUACACAUGCAAACAGUCCUGCAGUCCGAGGAUGUCCAGAGUGAAUGUAACGAUCAAUGACUGCACAAAGGAGGUCCAGUUGCCUGUGUGUGAAGGCCAGUGCAGAUCUAAUUCUCGAUGGAUAAAUGCCAAAUUGAGAAUGGAGAAAGAAUGCCAGUGCUGCCAGGAGAAGACGUUCCAAGAGAAGAGCAUAGCCGUGACGUGUGAUGGGGGAUCCACUAACACGUUUAAAUACAAACACAUCAUCGACUGCGAGUGCAAAGUCUGUCACUAGUGUCCCUCUCACCCUUUUACUCAUUUCAGAGUCUUUGAGCUGAUUUUACUUUGACUGUUAUCUUAGACUGCAGUCGUAAUUACAUUAGUAGUCAACCAUUUUAAAUCAAAUAUUUUAAAAAAAUCAAUUUAAGCUAUUUCUCUACAAUGAUCUUCUUGUCUACAUGAUUAUGUUUACUUUAUUGCAAAAUAAAUUCUAAUUCAAAAUUAGGAAAA